UCUGCGUCUAAACCAGCGGAUGGAACCAGGACUGAAGUCUGUACUGUAGCUCUGAUCGAAUCCUAGACUUUUUUUUUUUCUUCUUCAUGGGAAUAUAUCAUUUUGGCGAAGGCAGUGAAGUUAGAGGAUCAGAACUUUACAAAUGAGAGGAGAGGAAAUGCUUUGUCUACGUGACUCCGGUGACUGCUUACGAGAGCAGAUGCAAUAUAUGAUGAAGUCGCUGCAAGACCUGAAACAACUGCGAAAAACCUGCCCCGUGGUGCGACGACCCUUCGCUCCCAUCAACAGCCAGCUCCCAGCAUUAGCUCGCCACUCUGCGGUGGCACGUGCAUGUCAACAGCGAGCUCUGCAGCGAGAGCAGCGUACACGUCUGCGAAUGUCUGACGCCAGCACCACCAGCACCUACGACUCCGCCUGCUGCCUGGCCAGUCCUCUAGAGGAGGAGGAGGAGGAUGACUCCAGCAGCCGACUAGGCCUCAGCGCCAGCCUGGAUCUGGUCAGCCCCAGCAGUCAGAAGAGCCUGGAGUUUGAUUCAGGCUACUCUGAAGCAUCGUGGCAAGACGAGCGGGUUGUUCUCAGGAGGACGAGGAAUGUGCGAGUGUCUUCAUCUGCUUGUCUACGCACAAACCGAGCCCCUAGUGGACGUAUUCGACCCAAAUCCACCUCUGACGCCUGUCUAGAAAGUUGGACAUCUUUUGAGGUUGGUGACCCAGAGGACUGGACGAACUCUUUAUUGACCAGAGGACGCAACCGCCAACCUUUGGUUCUGGGCGACAACAGCUUUGCAGACCUCAUACAGAACUGGAUGGACCUGCCAGACUGCCCUGAGCCCACAGAGCUGAAGCCAAGUACAAGACAGAGGAUGGGCAGAGGCUUCUUUGUUAACAUGAGAAGGAAGCUGGCAGGGUUUUCUAAGAGUGUAGAGGACCGAGUGAGGAUGAGAUCCACAGACUCUUCUCGCGUUAACAGAACUGCAAAUGCCACAAAGCGUCUGUCAUGUCCAGUUGGACCCUCACAACCCAAAGUGCCCUUUUUCCAUCAGUCCCUCUCAGGCAUUAAUGAGCUGGACACAGACUUCUACCAGUUUGCUGCCCUUAUGAAGUCCGGCAGUCGACAACCUAUAAUAUGCAAGGACAUCAUCGGCUAUAUUUGAUUUCACACGUGCAAACAGGACAAUCUUCAGAGUCACUUUAUUUUUUUAUAUGUCUUUUAAAAUUUUUACAUACUGUGACAAAACUAUCAGAAAUAAAGAUGUUCUCAUAAUUUGA